UGAUAUUCAUGUUGUCAUGUCAUGCCCAAAACAAAACUGGUGGUCCAGUUGACCAAUCAGGUUCCAUCAAGCGCCGAAGCUCAUUGCAAAUCGUGACAUCAUCGCUUCCCUGCAACAACAAACUAAACUGGGAGCCAAAAUAAAUACCAAGCUUUCUACGCAAUCUAUGCCACUUCCAAGAUGAGCUUCUGAAGUUCUUCUGCUAGUCCAUCUCCAAAUAAACAAAUAAACAUACGCGCCGGUUCCUGAAUAUUUUGUCGCCAUCCAGCCCGGGCGCAAGAAGAGUGCUAAGAGGAGCACACUGUGUUUAGCAAUGCCGCCGAAGAAGUCGUCGAUGACAACGAGGUCGAGCUCGCUGGGGAAAGGGAAGCAAGCUCCCCAUGAACAUGAAGCGCUGCCAACGAAGGGCAAGUUCAAAUCGUUUAGCUGGAUUCAUUGCUUGUGCCGGUAUAGCAGCCUGGUGAUAUGCAGCUUAACACUUAGCACUGUCCUAUUUUCUUUGAGCACACAAAUUACACAGGGAGAUUUAGCCUGGACGAGCAGGCAUUUUAAUUCCUGGUGGCAGAUUGGAGGGUUGCUUGCAUGGAGAACUGUUGAGUUGACGAUUGCCUGGAUAUUGGGAUAUGAUGCUCGCGAUGUCGCAUCCUUCACUUAUCUAACUCACCUGCCAACCUAUUCCCUCCUCUACAGCUUCUACGGCAUCCGCCCGACAACCCUAAUGACAGUCGCCUCCAUAACCAUAUUGUCGACAGCCCUCCCAUUCCUCCUCUUCCGCAGCUCCAGCCGCGUACACGAAGAGUACCCAUUCAUGCGCCUCAGCUGUUCCGGUGCCCACACCAGCUCCAAGACCACUCGCAGCGCCAAAACUACCAAGAGCAGCCUUAAACACCAACACCACACAAUCCUCACAGACUGCCCAACAACCCUCUACACCACCCUUGUCGCCGCAUGCAUCUACACGAUAAUCCUCUAUAGCAGCCUCGCCACCUGGCUCCCAACCUACCUCGUAACCUAUUACGACGGACUCCCUGAUCUGCGCAUCGCCCAUGUCGGGCCCAAGGGCUUCGUCUCUCUACUCGUCGCUUUGCUGCCUGCCGGCUACUCCCUGCGCGACUUCCUCUUUGUCAGCUCUGUUGGCGCAGCGCAACUUGAAGAACAGCAGCAUAAAAGGGUAACAGUGGCAGUAGAGGAGGAAGCGGAAGGGGAGGGUAAAACUGGCGGAAAGAAGGCGCGCAAGCACGAUGAGGAACGCGCUGGUGAAUUUCUGGUCACGUCACUAUAUCGCAAAUACUGGCUCUCGUUACCGGCGAAGACGCGGAUGUUGGUAUCACGCACGACGGUGUUGGCAAUGAUGACCAUGAUGAAUACCAUCAUGCAGGUUGUGGGGACGAUUAGCGGGGCGGAGAUGGAAGGAGCGAUGGGGUGGGGUGCGAUUUGGACUCUAGCGACGUGCGUGACUGGGGUGAUAUUCGGGUGGGUGGAGGCGGUGGAUGGGCUAUGAAAUUAAAAGUUGUUCUCCUUAUUUUAUGCAUUUCUAGGCUUUUCUUUUCUUCUUAUUGCUUGUGUUUUUACUUUUUACUUUUACUGUUUUAAUGAUAACUAUGCCCAGUCCGUUCUUAUUUCCUCUACUACCUCUACUACUAGCCGAUGUCAUCGGCUGUAGUAGCUGAUUCCUUUUCCGUUUCCCCCAGUGUCAUUUUGACCGCUCAUUAUUUUCUUCUCCCAUGUUAUGAUCUAUUUUAUCUAUCCGGUUCUACCGUUGCGAUUGGAGUUCCCCAUUUCAGUUUUAUCGGCAAGUGGCGCAAGAAAAUGUGUAAUGGAAAAGAGGGAUAAGGCGCUUUGUAUUAGUUGUGAAGCUGCUGUUUUUUUUUUUCGGGGCCAUUUCUAUUUGGUCCGCGAAAAACUUGCUCUCUAGCCAGCGAUGUAAUGAUGUGGGUUGGGUGAGUAAAUUGGAACCUGGGUAAUUAAGGGAAAUAGUGAUUUAAUAAUAGUUUGAACCCAGGAUACCUUGAUUUGUUUCUUUGAGUUGCAUUUAUGGAUUCUUAAUACAAACAAAACCUCAAAAAAGCUGAAAACCAGAACUCAGCCAAACCAGAGCCGGAAAUAACAGAUGAAUGAACAAAUAUAGAAGUCGAAAAGAAAAGCGGAUAGAGUGACAGGGCAAGAGUCGCAGGAAUGAAAAUAACGCGAGAGGAAAAUUGGAAAAG